UUCUCUUUAAUAUGCAGAACAGACAAACCUUCUGUCUGCAUUUUUGGCUGAUCGAUCAAGUGUAUUAUAUUUAUACACGUUCCAUCUAGCUAAGUCUCCUCUCAAAGCAAAGAGUGGGAGCAAAAACCAAAGCUCAUAACCAAAAAUGGCAAUCCUCAACCAUAUGCAGUUCUUCUUUGUGGCAAUUCUCUUUGCUUUAACCACCAAAAUUUCCACAUGCACCACCACUUCAUCAGUCAAAGGCAUAUACUGGCUAGAACAACCCCUUUUCCCUUCUUCAUCCAUUAACACUUCACUCUUCACCCAUGUUUUCUACGCUUUCCUCCAACCCAACAAUGUUACUUACAAACUAGAUAUUCCAACUUCAACCGCCGCAAAACUCACCGCAUUCACCGCCACAAUGCAAGCCAAAACUUCUCCGGCGAGCACACUCAUUUCCAUCGGGGGAGCAGUCAGCUACAACGCCCUCUUCGCCUUCAUCGCCUCCAACCCCGCUGCGCGCGCCGCCUUCAUCACGUCCACCAUCAACGCCGCUCGAACGUUCGGGUUCGACGGGCUGGACUUCGACUGGGAGUACCCUCGAAACGCCACCGAAAUGAACGACCUCGGAAGCCUCUUAAAAGAUUGGCGCCUCGCCGUCAAUGCAGAGUCCUCCGCCACCGGCCUACCGCCGUUGCUUCUCACCGCCGCCGUGUACUUCGCCGCCGAUGUCACCGUCGACGGCGUGGCGCGGACUUACCCGGUGGCUUCGUUUAACCAGAACUUGGACUUUGUCAACGUCAUGACCUACGACCUUCACGGGGCCUGGAGCAACGAAACCGGAGCUCCGGCGGGUUUGUUUGACCCGGAUAGCAACCUCAGCGUGGCUAAGGGGUUGGUGUCGUGGAUCCGGAGCGGGGCCAUUCCGGCAAAGCUGGUGAUGGGUUUGCCGCUUUAUGGGAGGACAUGGCAGCUCCGGGAUCCAAACCUACACGGAAUCGGUGCGGAGGCGGUCGGGGUGGGACCCGGGUUAGAUGGCGCGAUGGCAUAUUUUCAGGUGUUGGAUUUUAUUGAGGAAACGGGUGCUAAGGUGGUUUAUGAUGUGGGUACGGUUUCGGUUUAUUCACAUAGUGGGAGUAAUUGGGUCGGUUACGAUGACCUACAAACGGUGGCGGCAAAGGUUGGGUUUGCUCAGGCGCUUUCGCUUCGUGGGUAUUUCUUUUGGGCUGCUGGGUUAGACACUACCGAUUGGAAAAUCUCCACACAUGCUUCGAAGGCAUGGAGACUUGCAUGAUUGAGACUGGAGGAAUGUAUUGAAAGCUAACUUGCAUGCUUCUGUCAUCAUUCUUUUCAUCGUGUAGGAAAAGUUCGGACUUCAUAUUGGGCAAGAAGCCAAUAACAUAGAUGAUAACACGCACACUUGGUUUUCUUUUAUUACCUAAAUCCCUUGUUGAAAAAAGCAUGAACGAGGAUAUUUGUUUCUCUUUUUUCAUGGAAAAAACGAAGUUAUUUUAGUCAAUUGUAAGUUAUGAAUAAUUAUAGUUUGUGAUUCUUUGUUGAGUUC